AUGGCCAUACGAGAAGAUAUCGUCGCCUCGGCGACGCAGUUUCUGCAAGAUCCGAGUGUUGCAAGCGCAUCCAUUGAGAGUCGCAUGUCUUUCCUCCGCACGAAGAACCUCACCCAAGAAGAAAUCGAUGCUGCUCUGUCGAGAGUCGCCGUCCAGCCUGCACCGAGUUCGAUGUCGGUCGCUCCGCAGCAACAGCAACCACAACAAUACUACCAGCCGGCAUACCCUCCUCAGUACCAGGCGUGGCAACCUCCACCUCCGCCCCCGAAGAGGGACUGGAGAGACUGGUUUAUCAUGGCAACAGUUGUAGGCGGUUUCAGCUACGGCGCGUAUACCCUGGCCAAGCGAUAUGUAUAUCCUUUGAUUGCACCGCCGACACCCGAGAAGCUCGAGCAGGACAAGAAGUCAAUUGAAGAGCAGUUUGACAAGGCUUUUGGACUUGUGGAGCAGCUGGCCAAGGACACAGAGGAACUCAAGGCCACGGAGCAAAAACGGACUGAAAAGCUGGAUACGGCUUUGGAGGACAUUGAAAAGAUCAUGGCGGAGCUGAGGAAUGCCAACCAGCGACGGGAACUCGAGACACAACGCGUUAAGGAUGACGUCCAGAUACUCAAGGAUUCUAUCCCCAAGGCCAUGAACACCCAGAAGGAUCUGACCGACUCAAGACUGAAGGAGGUCAACUCCGAACUCACUAGUCUCAAGACUCUGAUAACACAACGCAUGACUGCCGCGUCAUCAUCGGCGAACGCCAACGGUCUGAGAACUGGUGCGACCGCUACGCCUCCUUCUCCUGGACUGAACCGUCCUGCUACCACGGGGAAUGACACCCCCACGAGCAACACCGAGGCAGCUGCCGGCACUGAGACUCAUAAGCCCGCCAGCACGCCGACCUUCAACCGCCCUUCGCCGUUCAGCGGUGCCACUGGCGCAAAGGCCUCUAUUCCAGCGUGGCAAAUGGCCAUGGCCAACAAGGACCCUGUGGCCUCACCGGCAGCAACGAACGGAACCGCUUCCGACAGCAACUCGCAGCAGCAGCCAUCCGCUUCCUCGUAG